CCGCCGGGGCGGGCAGCCGGGAUAAAGGCCGGGCCGCCCCGCCCUGCCCCGCUCUUGACUCUCCGCGCCCCUCGGGCCGCUCCGGGAGCCGCUGCGCCGCGCCGGGCAGGCGGAGGAGCCCUCGCCGUCCCUCAGCCCCGCAGCGCAGGCAUCUGAACAGAUAGUCUCAAGAUGAACUUCUUCCUGGAAACACUGAAGGUUAUUGGACUUUCUUCUUACUACUUUCUGGAGUCGCUAGUCUUCUUGAUCGUGCCCAAGCGAAAGAAGAAUGUCAGUGGUGAAAUUGUACUAAUAACAGGAGCGGGCAGUGGCAUUGGAAGAUUGUUAUCUUUGAAGUUUGCCAGCCUUGGAGCCACAGUGGUUCUCUGGGACAUUAACCAGGAGGGGCUCAAGGAGACAAGCAGACUGGCCAAACAAAACGGGGCGGUGAGAGUGCACUGUUACAUCUGUGACUGUAGCAAGAGGGAAGACAUCUACAGAGUAGCUGACCAGGUUAAAAAAGAAGUUGGUGAUGUUACCAUCCUAGUGAACAAUGCUGGUAUAGUAACUGGGAAGACUUUUCUUGAUUCUCCAGAUCCACUUGUGGAAAAAACCAUGGAAGUGAACAUAAUGGCACACUUCUGGACUUACAAAGCCUUCCUCCCAGCAAUGAUGGCCUCUAACCAUGGACACUUGGUUAGUAUUGCAAGUUCGGCGGGACUUGUUGGAGUGAAUCGUCUUUCUGAUUACUGCGCAAGUAAAUUUGCAGCGGUUGGUUUUGCGGAGUCAAUUCAUUUAGAGAUGAGGAAUCUGGGAAAGACAGGUGUGAAAACCACAAUUGUGUGUCCUUUUGUCAUAAACACAGGAAUGUUUGAUGGCUGUAAAAGCAAGUGGCCAAAUUUGCUUCCCAUUCUGGACCCUGAGUAUGUGGCCGAGAAGAUAGUCACAGCUAUUCGACAGGACCAAGUAAUACUGGUGCUGCCACGCUUUGGUUAUUUAGUCAUGAUUCUGAAAAGUAUGCUACCAGUGAAAACGGCUCUUCUCUUUGCGGACUACUUUGGAAUCCUAAAUCUCAUGGAUAACUUCAAAGGACGAGCAAAGAAAGAGUGAAAAUGCACAAAAUUCAGAGACCAGCACCUCUCAAGUGGGCCUUGUUAAAGGUGGUGGGAAUGGUCUGCUUCUUCAGCAGCUGUGAACUCAAGGUGCCUCACUUCUCAUUAGUAACCAUUUUAAAGGUUAACCAACAGCUUUCAUUUGAAUUAUUGUUUUUGCCUCAUGCUGGAAGUAUGGUAAUUGAAAUUAAUUCCUUUAGUUCUGUCUGUUAUGGUGCCUUAAAUAUGAUCCUUCAUCACAAACUACUAACUGGCAGCUCUGGGGGAAGAAGGGACCAGGAAACCAAAUGUAUUUGGCAGGGAGCCAGGAAAGCCUCUAGUGGCCCUGGCUUCUCAGUGCUGUUCACUGAACCAUGAGGAGGGGCUGCACAACUGGUGCCAUUAGUGUUCCCUGGUAAACUCAGUCGUUCAGAAGUUUCCAGAAACAUCAGGUUAUAGAAAGGGAAAUUUUGUGAAAUGAAAAUAUGCUGUGUUGGUGCAAAACCAAUGAAAUAUAUGCGGUUUUGGCGGUGGUGAUCUGGGGACUCACUGAUGACUAUGGAUGUUGGGGUGGGGAGGGGGAAGGAUGUAAAUGGUGUGUUUGUGCUGCUAGUCUACUUUUUGUCUAAUUUAUUUUAAAAGUUAAUACUAUGGCUGCAACUUAGUAGCAUAAAUCUUUGUAUCUUUUAAGUGCAAUGUUUUAAGAAUAAUUAAAAAAAAAAAAAAAUCAUCUCUUAAGUAAAAGACACUUGUUGUCCUAAAGGGUGAGACUGCCAGCCUGGGUGUGCUAUCAAGCAUCUUGCCAAGUAAGACAGUGAGUUACCAAGAGCAAAGGCAUUGCACUGCAUUAUCAGGGCUUUCCUUGGGAUUGCUUCUCAAGGGAAUGGUGCUGAUAGAACUGGAGUGAAUGGGAUCAUUACAGCCAUAGCUUAAGUAACAGCAUUUUGUUUUGCUUCUCUGAAUUGAGUGGCAGGUUGCCUUGUGUCUACAGAGUCUUCUUUUAGGACUACCCAUUUACUUUGGACACAUGCUGGGGCAGCCUUGCCCUUUUUGACAAUGGUUGCUUAGAAAGCUGAAAGCCCUUUGACUUUUGGUAAAUGCAAAACAAGAAACAGGAAGAUUAUACCUGAAAUGUAUGCCAUUUAGACAGGUGCUGGCUAAGCCCACCUCAAGUCACAGUGCUCUGCUGGCAGUUUGUAACACCUGCAGACUAAGACUAAAAUGCAUUAGCAUGCAAUUAAUUGAAGGACAGUAUGGAGAAAAGGGUGAGGAUUUAUUUUUUUCCCCACACUGGCCUAGAAACUACCUUCAUUUGCCUUGUCUAUGCAAUUAGGGAGGUUUACCAGUGGAGAAAGGAAUUAUGUAGGUCUGCUUUACUACUGGUGAGCAAUAAAUGCUGAGUAAAACAAGUGUGUUAAGAAUGGCCUUUUAUGAUGGGCUGAUGAGAGCUGGAAUUCAGACUGAUGAAGAAAAGGUUUGUCUUAUUGUCCCUUCAGAUCUGCUUCUUUUUCUACCUCACAAAUUCUGCUCACUUACAGUAUGCUUCAGGAAAUUGAAGUUGCUAAUGAGAAAAUGUGCUGUCCAAUACGUGCAUUGCACUGCUUGCUGGAAAUAAAGUCAAUCACUAAUAA